AUGAAACUGUGUCAAAGAGAAAUCGAAAAACUUCAACUGCACAACGCUGGUUUUCUUGCUCAGAAACGUCUCGCUCGUGGUUUGAAACUCAACCAUACUGAAGCUGUCGCGCUUGUCGCAACGCAGAUUGUUGAAUUUGUUCGGAAUGGUGAUAAGACUGUUGCUGAGUUAAUGUCAAUUGGAAGACAACUUUUAGGAAGGAGACAAGUUCUUUCAUCUGUUCCACAUCUCUUAGAAACUGUUCAGGUUGAAGCUACCUUUCCUGAUGGGACUAAGUUAAUCACGGUUCAUGAGCCAAUUGCUUGUGAAAAUGGAAACCUUGAACUAGCAUUAUUUGGUUCUUUUCUUCCAGUACCUUCACUUGACAUGUUUAUCGAGAACAAUGAAGAUUAUAACAUUCCUGGUGAAAUAAAAUCUGGAGAUGGAAGCCUGAUUCUUAACGCUGGAAGGGAGGCCGUCUCUCUUAAAGUUGUAAACAAUGGAGACAGACCAAUUCAGGUUGGAAGCCACUAUCAUUUUAUUGAAGUAAAUCCCUACUUAAUCUUUGAUCGAAGAAAAUCAUUUGGCAAGCGGCUUAAUAUAGCAUCUGGGACUACCACACGAUUUGAGCCAGGGGAAAGUAAAAGUGUUAUACUUGUAAGCAUUGGAGGUGAUAAAGUCAUCCGAGGAGGUAACAACAUUGUUGAUGGUCCAGUUAAUGAUUUGAAGUGCAUAGAAGCCAUGGAGGAUGUUAUAACAAGGGGAUUCGGGCAUAAGGAAGAUGAAAAUGCAAGGGAAGGUAUUACCGGUGAAGACUAUUCAUUGACUAAAGUAAUUCCUCGAGAGGAAUAUGCUAACAAGUAUGGCCCCACUACUGGUGACAAAAUUCGUCUUGGUGACACUAACUUGUUUGGGGAAAUUGAAAAAGACUUUGCUGUCUAUGGUGAUGAAUGUGUUUUUGGAGAUAUUGGUAUUAAGGAUGGCCUUAUUGCCUCUAUUGGAAAAGCAGGAAAUCCAGAGGUCAUGGAUGGUGUAUUUGUUAAUAUGAUCAUCGGGGCUAAUACUGAAGUUAUUGCUGGAGAGGGCUUUAUUGUAACAGCUGGUGCUAUAGAUUGUCAUGUGCAUUUUAUAUGCCCUCAAUUAGUGUAUGAAGCCAUAUCAAGUGGGAUCACAACAUUAGUGGGAGGAGGAACUGGACCAGCUUUUGGAACUCGUGCUACAACUUGCACACCUGCACCGAUUCAGAUGAAAAUGAUGCUGCAAUCAACAGAUGACCUUCCCCUGAACUUCGGCUUUACUGGAAAAGGGAAUUGUGCCAAGCCUGAUGAGUUACAUGAAAUAGUGAAAGCUGGAGCUAUGGGACUGAAGCUGCAUGAAGAUUGGGGAACUACACCAGCCGCAAUAGAAUGUUGCUUGGACGUUGCCGAAAAACAUGAUAUCCAGGUUAACAUACAUACUGACACCUUAAAUGAAUCUGGGUUUGUGGAACACACAAUUGCUGCAUUUAAAGGAAAAAAUAUUCAUGCUUACCACAGUGAAGGUGCGGGUGGUGGCCAUGCUCCAGAUAUCAUCAAAGUAUGUGGUGUAAAGAAUGUCCUACCCUCAUCAACAAAUCCUACACGUCCCUUUACAUCAAAUACCAUAGACGAGCAUCUUGACAUGCUGAUGGUAUGCCAUCAUCUUGAUAAGGAUAGUCCAGAAGAUGUUGCUUUUGCAGAAUCAAGGAUAAGAGCAGAAACAAUCGCUGCUGAAGAUAUUUUGCAUGAUAUGGGUGCAAUUAGCAUUAUUUCUUCUGAUUCACAGGCUAUGGGUAGAAUUGGAGAGGUGAUAAGCAGAACUUGGCAAACUGCCGAUAAGAUGAAGUCACAAAGAGGACCACUGCCUGAUGAUUGCAACAAUGACAACUUUCGAAUCAAACGUUAUGUUGCAAAGUACACUAUAAAUCCAGCUAUAGCAAAUGGUUUGUCACAGUAUAUUGGUUCAGUUGAGGUGGGGAAGUUAGCUGAUCUUGUAUUAUGGAAACCGUCCUUUUUUGGAGCAAAACCAGAAAUGGUGAUCAAAGGUGGUGACGUUGCAUGGGCUGAAAUGGGUGACCCAAACGCUAGCAUCCCAACACCUGAACCGGUGAUUAUGAGACCUAUGUUUGGAGCGUAUGGCAAGGCUGGAAGUGCAAACUCGAUUGCUUUUGUGAGCAAGGCAGCUUUGGACUACGGUGUAAAAGCUUUAUAUGGACUUGACAAGAGGGUGGAAGCGGUGGAGAAUGUGAGAAAGAUCAGCAAACUAGACAUGAAACUGAACGACGCCCUUCCAGAAAUCACUGUGGACCCUGAGACAUACACAGUAACUGCAGAUGGAGAGGUUCUAACCUGCACUCCGGCCACUACUGUUCCUCUUUCUCGAAAUUACUACCUCUUCUAA